GAAACGCGGUUGACCUUGAAAGAGUUUUAGUUUUAUUCCUCUUUUGAUUGUUUGUCAGCAAACCUCCUCGAUCAUGGCGCUUCGUUGGAGAAAUUCUCCUUGCUCUCUGCUUUUGAUGAGAAAACCAAAUGAUUCGCUUAGGAGGCACCUCAGUUCUCAGGACUCCCAAGAAAGGAAAGUCAUUUUUUCUGGAAUCCAACCCACUGGAACAAUGCACAUUGGAAACUACCUGGGGGCAAUUAGGAACUGGGUCUCAUUACAACAUGGAGAAAAGGACAUGGUCCUGUACAGCAUUGUGGAUCUACAUUCCAUCACUAUUCCACAAGAUCCUGUGAAACUGAGACAGGGUAUCAGAAAUAUGGCUGUAUAUUUAUUGGCUUGUGGAGUGAAUCCAGAGAAAAGUAUCCUCUUUCAGCAGUCUCAGGUCUCACAACAUGCAGAGCUUGCUUGGAUUUUAGGAUGUAUGGCCCGCACAGGGUUCUUAAAUCGUAUGCAUCAGUGGAAGACCAAAGCAAGUGAAAACAGAGAAAAAAGUUGUUUGGGAUUAUAUUCAUAUCCUGUGCUAAUGGCAGCUGAUAUUCUUUUGUACAAGGCAAGUCACGUCCCUAUUGGUGAAGAUCAGGUGCAACACUUGGAACUUGCCAGAGAACUUUGUCGUCAGUUUAACAACACCUUUGGAAACUUUUUUCCUUUCCCAAAAAGUAUUCUAGACAAUUGUCCUCGGGUGAUGAGUUUACGGGAUGGCAGCAAAAAAAUGAGCAAAUCAGAUCGUAAUGAAAUGUCAAGAAUUGAACUAACUGAUUCCGCAGACCUUAUUGAAAAAAAGAUUCAAAAAGCAGUAACAGACUCUGAAGAUCACAUCAGUUAUGAUCCAAAAGCAAGACCAGCUAUGUCAAAUCUGAUCAAUAUUUAUGCUGACUUCAGUGGGUUAACAACUCAAGCUGUGUGUGGGAAAUAUGACAACAUGGAAAAAUGCAAGAGUGUAUUUAAAGCUGAUCUUACAGAGCUUGUUGUAAGCAAGUUAACUCCUGUGCAGGAAAAUAUUAUGAGGAUUCAACAGGAUGUGGCAUAUGUAGAUAAUGUUCUACAAACCGGUGCAGAUCAAGCAAGGAACAUUGCAGCAGUAAACUUAUUGACAAUCAAGGAGAUGCUUGGGCUUCAAUGAUUGAGUGAAUUGUCAUAGUCACAGUUCCCUGAGCUGGUGCUCUAAAUUAAAACAGACAUUUUCUUAAAACAGAGAGGCCAACAUUACAAUGGUUGGUGGCCAACCCAAUUUGCAAACAUGCAGAGCUUGGGAUACAAACAAUUGCAAUUUUACUUGAAUGAUUUUAUUUUAUUUUAUUGAGAAUGGUGAACAUUUUUUGUUAUACUUAUCUCUAAAUCUUUAUCACCAAAAUGUUAUUACACAUCACAGCUGUAAAGGUAAUUUUCAUGACCAACCAAUAUAAAUUUCAAAUAUUUCUUGAAUAUUAUUUUCAACUUUUGAACACUAUCAAAGAAACUAAAGACUGUGUUUUCUUGUCUCUCACACUCUUAGAUAUGUCGAUGUGUCUACAAUUCUCCAUGUCUGACAGUCUGACAGGCUCAUGUUCACCAUAAAAUCAUCAGGUUUUCAAAAUUAAUUAGGAAAAAUUUCUGACCUAUCCUAUUGGAAACCAUGCCUGCUAGUCUAAAACAUUCACCAAAUUCCCACAGAAUACCUCAUGCAAACUUAAUGAAAGUGUUUGAUCUUUGAUUAGAAAUACCACGCAAUUCCAAAUCUUAGGAUUGUUUUUGAGUGGACACAUUUUCUGAGCUUGUGCAUGCCAUAAAAUUGCUAGGCCAAUUUUCUAACUAUUAAGUAUCAAAAACCUAACUUACUCUACAAAUUGAAGCCACAAAGGAAACAAACAUUACUGAACUGCAAAAUGAAUACAGUGUUCAUGUCACUCAUUAAUAUAAUCAUGCAGUAACAAUCAUUAUACUAAUUUGUAACAAAUUUUUAUUGUGAAAGAAUUCUUUUAUGCCAAAAACUUUUUUAUUCAUUCUAUUGAUAACUUCAUCCAGUCACUGUUGAGUGAAUUAUUUACUACUUAGCAACAAACUGGUUGUUACAGAGGGAGUAAGUUUCUAAAGAAACUGUGGUGUUGCGCCGGUGGGAGAGUAUAAUAGGGUAAUUUAGUGUUAUCAACUGAGUUGAAAACGUAAAUUGGCCUCUGUAAGGCUGAUGUUUUGAGUGUUAGCCAUUCAUCAGAGCUCUGACGAAUGGCUAAUGCUUGAAACGUCAGCCUUUAAACUCUUUAUGGUUGUCCAUUUACAUUUUCAACCAAGUUGUUAACACUAAAUUACCCUGUUAAAUUGGUUGUUAUGUUAAGUUUUUAAAAAUUUAUUUUUGUCUGUUGCCUCCAUAGAAUAUACAAAACACUUAAAUUACAAAAAGGACCAUCAUUUUUGCCGUAUUCCAUUAUACAUUUAGGAGAGUAAUAAAAAUUGUGGUGCAUAACUCCACUUUUUUAUUGUCA